AUGGAGAAUAAUAAUAAUCAGUUUUGGCAGUUCAGCGACCAGUUAAGAGUCCAGAAUCUAGCGAAUCUGUCUCUGAACGACUCGAUCUGGAGCACAAACUCCGUCUACAAACGCAACGACGACCGUACAAACCUCGACAUCGCCAAAAACCCUAUCGAUCUGGUUCUGGUUCUCUUGUCAACAAGAACAAGAACAUCGAUUUGGGUGGCUUCGGGCCUGUUGGAUCAAAACCAACCCUCAAUUUGA